AUGUCCGUUGCAAAAUUAUUAAAUUUACAAGGAAUUCGUGGAAUUGCAAUUCUAGGAGUUUUGGGAUUUCAUUUCUUUCCAAAUUAUUUUCCAAAUGGAUAUUUGGGAGUUGAUCAGUAAGUUUACAUUUCUGAAAAUAAUUUGAGAAAUUUGAAAAUAAUUGCAGGUUUUUUGUGUUAUCUGGAUUUUUGAUGUGUAUGUUAUUGACAAAAACUGAAAAAUUAUCAAAAUUUGAAAUGAUAUCAAAUUUUUAUAUUCGUCGAUUUAAAAGAAUUUUACCAUUAUAUCAAUUAAUAAUAUUUGUUUCAUUAAUUGCAUUAUAUUUAAUAUUUCCUGAUACAACAAUUGAAAUUAAUAUAAAUUCAGCAAAAAGAGCAAUAAUAUUUAUAUCAAAUCAGUUGAAAACAUUAGAAGAUGAUUAUUUUGAAAAAUUAAAUAUGGCAAUUGAUAUAUUUACACAUACUUGGUCACUUUCUGUUGAAAUUCAAUUUUAUUUAAUUGUUCCAUUUUUAUUUUUAUUACCAUUUCGAAUAAUAUCAUUAACAAUUAUAUCAAUUAUAAGUUUAUUUUAUUUUUAUAUUUUACCAUCUGAUAUUGCUUUUCUCAAUGUUUUUGCAAGAAUUUGGCAAUUUUUAAUUGGUAUGAUUGCUUUUAUUAUUCAUCAAAAUAUAUCAACUGAAUAUCGAUCAGUAAAAAAUUCGGAUGAGUGUGAAAAACAACAAUUAUUAUCAGAAGAUGAAGGAAACGAAGAUGGAGAAGGUAAAGAAGCUGGAACGUUAAAAACUAAAAGUACGAUCAAUUAUGAUAUUAUGAUUAGAAUGAUGAUUAUAAAAGUUAUUCUGGUUAUAUUUUUCCCAAACACUAUUAUCGAAAUUAUCUCAAGGUUCACUUUUUUCAUUUAUCUUAAAAUGAUUAAACAUAUUUGUAGACCUUCAAUAACAAUAAUGACUGGAAUAAUUUUAAUAUUUUCAAAAGGAGAUGAUAUAUUAUUAUCAAAUAAAAUAUUAGCAUAUAUUGGUGAUAUUUCAUAUUCAUUAUAUUUAAUACAUUGGCCAAUAUCUUCAUAUUGUAAAAUAACUGGAAUGUCUAAUUAUGCUUUACUAUUUUUAUUUCUCGCUGUUGUUGUUUCAAUGUUAAUUUAUCAUAGUUUCGAAAAAUGGUAUACAAAACAAUCAAAUAUUUUCAUAUUUAUUUUAUCUAUUUCAUUAGUUAUUGUUAAUCUUGGGAUAUUAUAUCAUCAAUUAUUUAUUAAAAACGAAGAAUCAGUUUCAUAUAAUUUGAAAUUGACUGAUGAUAAAACUUUUGAAGAGGCUAAACGAAUGAAUCACGAAUGGAAUCUUAAAGAUAAAGAAUCUAUAACAUUCAGAUGUAAUGGGAGACCUCACGGAUGGUGUUCCUAUGAUGGAUUAAAUAAAAACAACACAUUAAGAAUAUUUGCAUUUGGAAAUAGCUGGACAUCAAAUCAUGCAAAACUAUUAUAUGAAGAGUGUGGGCCUAAAGUCAAAGAAAUAUUGAGAGGAGCAAUCAGUGGUCAGUUUUGACAGUCGAGUCAGAAAUCAUCUCACCAGCUAAUUACAGCCUGUGAACCGUUGUAUAAAUUCCCAACGGAAUUCAACGGAUGUCCUGAUUUUUUGGUAGAAGUUGAAAAACAUCUGGAAGAAUUCAAACCAGAUUAUGCAUUUCAUAUUACAAGAACAAUGGCAAUUGGAACGAAUUAUACAGAAGAUUUUGAAAAUGACCCAAUUUAUCAAUCGAUUCUGAAUCAAACAAGACGAUUUGUAAAAAAUAUAAAAUACAAAUUGUUCAUCCUUAACUCAAUUCCACCUGUAAAUUGGAAAGAAGUGGAUAACAUAGCAGAUAAUUUGAUAAAUAAUGUAUCGAAAGAUAAAAUUGAUGUUAGUUUGAGAAGCGGCCGAAAAGAAAAACAUAAAUUAUUUCAGAAAAACCUCAUAAUAAAUUAUGACGAACACGUGUUUGCGACCAAAAGAUAUGCGCAAUUGAUAAAAGAUUGUGGCUCAAAGUGCGAACUUAUUGAUUAUCAUGGUUUAUUUUAUCGGAAUGAUACGAAAACAUUCAGAUAUUAUGAUAAUAAUGGAUAUACAUAUAUGUCUGCGGGAAAUCAUUUCACUCCUCUUGGUUCAGAAUAUUUGAGACCAUUUUGGAAACAUUUUUGCCGAGAAAAACUUGAAUAA